AAGCCAAAGAUGUUGACCAGAAAGAUUAAACUCUGGGACAUAAAUGCCCACAUCACCUGCCGCCUGUGCAGCGGGUAUCUCAUCGACGCGACCACGGUGACCGAGUGUCUGCACACGUUCUGCCGGAGCUGCCUGGUGAAGUACCUGGAGGAGAACAACACGUGCCCCACGUGCAGGAUCGUCAUCCACCAGAGCCACCCGCUGCAGUACAUCGGUCAUGACAGAACCAUGCAAGAUAUUGUUUACAAAUUGGUCCCAGGCCUCCAAGAAGCGGAAAUGAGAAAACAGAGGGAAUUCUACCACAAAUUAGGCCUGGAAGUGCCUGGAGACAUCAAGGGGGAGACCUGUUCUGCAAAACAGCACCUAGAUUCCCAUCGAAACGGAGAAACCAAAGCGGAUGACAGUUCGAACAAAGAAGCAGCAGAAGAGAAGCAGGAGGAGGACGGCGACUACCACAGGAGCGACGAGCAGGUGAGCAUCUGUCUGGAAUGCAACAGCAGCAAACUGCGGGGCUUGAAACGGAAAUGGAUCCGCUGCUCAGCCCAGGCCACAGUCCUGCACCUAAAGAAGUUCAUUGCCAAAAAACUCAACCUCUCGUCUUUCAACGAGCUGGACAUUUUAUGCAACGAGGAGAUCCUUGGCAAGGACCACACGCUCAAAUUCGUCGUUGUUACAAGGUGGAGAUUCAAGAAAGCACCGCUCCUGCUGCACUACAGACCCAAGAUGGACCUGCUGUGA